AUGGAUGCAUGGUUUCUCCGGUUCUUGUGGUCGUGCUUCUAACCUUUUGGCAGAGCUUUAUGCUAUUCUCAAAGGGCUUCAAUUGGCUUGGGGCUUAGGCUACCGUACGAUUAACUUGGAAUCUGAUUCUAAGUCAGCUAUUGAUCUCAUCCUUGAAGAUGACAAUAAUUUUUACCCUCACGCAAUUGUUCUUGGUCAGAUUCGUAUCCUUCGGACGCGUAAUUGGUCUUUAUCUUUCUCUCAUACUCUUAGAGAAGGGAAUGAAUGUGCUGGUUGGUUGGCUAAAUAUGGUGCUCAGUCAGAUGUUAAUAUUAAGUUAUGGACUUCUCCGCCUCCGCAAAUAGCGCAUGUGUUGCUUGCGGAUGCAACGGGUGUCUUGAGGCAGCGUCCUCGUUAGUUUGUGUUGUUGUCUUUUUAUUUUCCCCUUUAUCAAAAAAAAAAAAA